ACUUUCUCCUCUUUCGUGAGCGUGCCGAGCUCUGUCUUACUCUACUCUACUCUCCUCGCUCGCUCAUAUGAAAGAGCUGCUCCAGUAGCAAUCAAACAAGCUCAACCAAGCAGAAUUACCUCGCCGGAGGACUCCCUGUCGAUCGGCGGAGCCGAAGUCGAAGCUCAAUCGCCAUGUCCAACGCCGUUGCCAAUGGCCUCGCCGGCGCCGGAGGCGGCAUCAUUGCUCAGAUUAUCACUUAUCCACUCCAAACUGUGAACACGCGGCAGCAGACCGAGAGAGUGGCGAAGAAAGGCCUGCGCUGCGUCGACGGAAGUGCUUCGAGCUCCACUACAGGCGGCACGCUCCUUCAGAUGAUCCAGGUCCUCAAGACCGAAGGCUGGGGUGGACUCUACAGCGGCCUCAGGCCUUCACUGCUCGGAACUGCAGCUUCGAUGGGUGUAUAUUACUAUUUCUAUCAAGUUUUCAAAAACAAGGCUGAGGCUAUCGCUGUUGCUCGUAAACUAAAAGGACGUGGAGACGGAACAGUUGGCAUGUUCUCUUGGCUUGUUGUGGCAGCUAUUGCAGGGUCCUUAAAUGUUUUGCUGACGAAUCCAAUAUGGGUUCUUGUGACUCGCAUGCAGACACAAACUCAAGCUGAAAGAAAAAUACUAGAGGGCAAGAGGGAAGCUCUCCUGAAGAAAACAUCUGAAAAUGGUUGGGAAGAUUAUAUUUUACAAGACAAACUUGCUGAACUCGAAUCGGUGAAACCUCGUCCAUAUGGAACAUUUCAGGCGGCCCAAGAGAUUUGCAAUGAAGCAGGGAUUGCUGGAUUCUGGAAAGGCAUAAUUCCGACUCUCAUUAUGGUCUGCAACCCAUCAAUCCAAUUCAUGAUAUAUGAAACAUCAUUGAAGCAUUUGAAGGCAAAACAGGCUGCUAAAAAGGAUGGUUCAAAAGAUGUGGCGGCUUUGGAGGUUUUUCUGUUAGGAGCCUUGGCAAAAUUGGGAGCAACCGUUACAACAUACCCUCUUCUAGUUGUUAAGUCAAGGCUUCAGGCGAAGCAGGAGAUUGGUGGGAAUGUUGCUCUAAGAUACACAGGCACAUUGGAUGCAAUAAUUAAAAUGAUCCGAUAUGAAGGACUGUCUGGAUUUUAUAAGGGUAUGAGCACUAAAAUAGUGCAGAGUGUUUUCGCAGCUUCUGUGCUAUUCAUGGUUAAGGAAGAGCUUGUUAAGGGUUACAUGUUGCUGGCAGAUAAAGGCCACAAAGUUGCAUCAACUUUGUUGAAACAAUCAUCUGUAAAGGUGUUCAAGGAGUGAGUUUGGUAUAUUCAUUGCAUAGAACAAUACAGGCGAUAAAAUCUAAUUUGUUAACGUGAUUCGUAGGAUUGGAGUACAUUUCUUAAAAUAGAUUGCCCUCUCUGCUAUUGAGGGUCAAACAAUCACAAUAUAUGAUAUCCAAUUGCACAACUCUCAUUGCUUUGAGCUAUCUAAGUUUAGCUUUGUCCCAGUGCAUGAA